GAGGUUUCGGACAAAUUGUUCUAUACACGUUUUAUGAUUUCCUUGUGUUAUCAACCACACUGAAUUGGUGAAGUUGGAGCAAGGACAAAGAAAACAUCAAAGCUACAUCAUAAACAUCUAUGAUGAGCUCCAUUUGAUUGGAUUGACUGAUAAGUAGUGUAAACCUCCUUUCAGAAGAACAAAAAGCUGUUGUUUGUAGGAGUGUGGCUCAGGUUAGAGGGAAACAAAAAAACAUUUUUAAGCAGUCUCACUGAGUUUAUGAUGAUGUUUGUGCUACUUGUUCUGUGAGGUAUGACCUUUGGUGAUAUUUUGUACUAUUUUGUAUUACUUGUACAACUUUUCUGUUUUCUGUUUCUCUGUGGUACUUUAUGGUAUUAGCUUAUACUGUGCCAGAAGUUUGUGGUAUGUUUGAUUGUGCAGUGGAGCCCUAUGUGCUAAUAUCUGGUGAUUUGUAGCUACAGCCGUUUUAUAUAUGUGUUCUGUUUUCAGGAAAGUUGCAUUUUCAAAGGCAAGUACCUUUGUGUCAGAAUAGUAAACAUGUCUUAUCUGUUAGAAUUUUUAAGUCCUAAUUGCUUCUCCAAAAGGAGCUAUUUAUAGGUUUUUGCUAAAUACCCAAUGUUAGCAUUGAUAGCUGUUUACUUACCAGUCUAGAAGAAACAUUGCAAUUUCAGCAUCAAACUUCAUUCAUUUAAUUUCCAAGAGCUGUCUCCAGCAAUGGAAAGCAACGUUUUGCCUCUAGUUCUAUCACUUCUGCUUUCUUCUACCAAAGUUAGCAGGCUAACCAGCUAGACCGGGACCGGCCAACCCCUCUCGUCACUUUCCGAUAGUCACUCACUGUAGCAUCCAGACUGCCCUGAAGUAGUGCUGCUCAGAGGGCGUAUUAUAACUUGUAUCAUAAACACAACUAGGGGUGAAGCUCUUGGCAGGAGACCAUCACCACCACCCACUCCAGGAAAGAAACCACGUUUUGUGGCAGAGAAAACUUGCAAAUAGCCCCUUUAAAGAAAUGCACUUGGCAUAUCUAAUCUUUGUGGGGAGAUUACAAAAAGAAUUGGGACAGAGAUGCAUCUACCAGUGGAUGACUAAAUCAACUUCAGGUUUUAUAUUAAGGUGUUGGACCUCCACAGGUUGCCAGAUCAAUAGAUAUUCCCCCAUUUUUUAAAUUUAUUUACAUUCUUCAUUUAUUCCAUUUUUUUCUUGUAUUUAUCACCUGUCUGUCCACACUAAUUGCAGUCAUACUGUACUAAACUUUUUAUGUCUUUCUUUUAGGAGCACCCAGCUGUAUGCUUUGAGUACUUCCACUAGAUGUCCUCACUGAGUCACCAACCCUCAGGUGUCAAUCAAAAGUGUUUUUCUCAUCUACGCAGCUGAGAUGUUAGAAAUAGGAGAUACUCUUAAACAGAACUUUAGAGUUUCCCUGGGUUUUAGAUUUGAUUGAAGUUGACAGGAAACACACACCUUCCUAAAGAUAUUCACUUUAUUAUCUCUGAACCUUCAUGAACUAAAAUGGCAUGUCUAUUAAUUCCAGGAUGCUUAUGUGGGUCAACUGUGCUUGCAUUCUGUAACUCAGUUUCCUGAAAACACCCAUUUUUAUUAUGUAGACACAGGCAAUUUAUGAUACAUACAUUUUGAUUCUACAAGGAUUACAGCCUCCAUCACGGUCAUAUCUCGAAUUUUGAUUACUCAGUGUCAUUUCCUAGGCUAUGUAAAGGCUCCAGUCAUGCUGGCACAUGCAACUCUGGGUGUGUGUCAAGGAGUAUAAAACAAUAUCAACACAUAAAACAAUAUUCACAUAAAGUGUAGCACUCCCAUCCCAGCGGUAUGUCUGAUUCACUCUCACUGGUCCUUUGCACAACAAUGUUUAACAGCACAGCAAGACAGGGAUUAUGUAAAGCUUACUCAGGCACAGCAGGCAAGUGUGUUGACAAGAAGCCAAAGGUUGAUAGUUGCUGUGACUCGACCUUCCAUAGAAAAUGUUACAAAAGAAGGCAGGGAGGCACUUGUAUUUUUAGACACCUACUGUAUAUCAAAAAUAGUUUCAAGUGAAUGAUUUUUCCUCCUCCAAAGCCCACAACAUGCUGACAGCAACAGAGCCAGACGGAGGAAAGGAACUGCAGACGUAGAUGUCACUCAGCGGUGUCACAGAGAGGCUAAGGAGGCAGCAAAUAUUUACGGAAUGUGUCACAGGUUUGAACACCCUGGGGUUGUACGGUGUGGCUCCAUGGAAAACAGCUGUGGGUGGGACUUUUACAGUGACAUCACAGGGGAGAGAGAGAGAGAGAAGAGAGAAGAAGUACAAGAGUGGCAGAGCUCAGACACCUGCAGACAAACAACAGCAGCAGAAACACACUGAGGACGCAGCUGUAACUGUACAGAUAACAGUCUCUCUGCAGAGCUCCAUCCAUCUGCUAUCGGCUAUGUCUACUCACACCAGCAUUCUUCUCUUCAUCACUCUUUGGGCUUCCAUGCAGGAUGGCUUAGGUCUUCCGAUGAUCAGACAACUGAAAGCGGAGGCUGGCAGUGAUGGCGUCUCAACGCAAAGAAUGAGGACCAAGCGCUGUGCCUGCAGCAGCCUGUUGGACUCUGAGUGCCACUACUUCUGCCACCUGGAUAUCAUCUGGGUCAACACACCCAGUAAGACAACAGUUUAUGGUCUAGGCAGCGCUCUGUCCCGACGCAGGAGGUCCACCGGCCGCUGCACCUGCGCCAAACCUGACGAUCAGUCCUGUACCAACUUCUGUCAUCACAGCCCUGAAAUCAAAUCUGUGAAGAGACGUCAACUCAACAUACUGAGCAUCCUAAGAGCUUUGGCCAGCAGGCCCAAGAAAGCUAAGGAUGCAGCCGAUUCGCACAGAGACAAAUCUUCCGGGGCUCAGAGGAAGAACGCUCGCUAAACAAUGCGGCUGUUGAAGCACUGAGAGUGAGACAUGAGAGAGCGAGAGAGAGAAAGAAAGCAGCGAGCACCUGAACAAAUGACACUCCUUUGCCGGAGAGAAGGGAAAGAAAGGGCUGCUGAAAGACGUGUCCGAUGCAGGAAGGCCCAAAGCGCCACAAAGAGUUUGUCUGUACCUGGAAAUAGAGGGUGGAAAAGACAACAGAGUUCUGCAGACGCAUGCAUGGAAACCAGAUGUGGUGGAUCAGCACUGAGAGGAGCUACUACGACUGUAUUAGGACAUGAGAAUGCUGAGCCUGUGGCCAUGUUUGACUCACACUGUCAGGUUGGGAAGAGAUGUACAAACUGGCCAGGACACCACUGACAUAGAGGAAUGUGAUAGAGAGAGAGGGACAUACACUGUACAUGAAUAUGCAGGAAUUUCUCACAUAUAUUCUAUGAUUUUACUCAUUCUUUUGUAAAACACAUUUGUAUUCUUUAUUUUCUGGAUCCACAGGUUUAAUAUUUUAAGAUUAAGAAAAUUACUUUUAUCACGGGAGACCUAAAGGUUUUGUUGACUUGUGGAAAUUAUAUGUUAAACAUCUCAUCAUGAAUGGCAAAUAUGAGUUACAACACCUCGGUAGCAAUCAUUUAUGUGUGCAAAAAUAUAAAAUGCAUAAAUUAAAUCUAAAUCAUGACAA